GGGGACGCCGGCCAGAGAAGAAUUAGGCUUGGUCUUCUGGAGCAGAGCAGCUCAGUUGCCAACCAAUAAAAAUCUCCUUUCAGGAUUGUGGCCAGUAACCUGAAGAUUCCAUCAAGCUCCACCCCCUUGUCCGCCAUGUUCCAUCAAGCCCCGCCCCCUGUCUAGAGUGGGUGAGGACUUUUUGCAUUCAGAGCUGGUAACCAUAGAAGCACCACUGCGUGACCAGGUCCUAUUGUAUGUAGGGCUCUGGGUUUUCCUUAGGACCUGGAAGUAAUGAAGCCUCUAAUAGAAGACCAGAGUUCAGACGAUGAAUAUGAGAACGAAGCAGAUUUACUGCCAGCAGAGAAGAAAUAUCAGCUUGAUCAGGAAGGCAUUACAUUCGUUCAAACGCUCACUCACAUCCUUAAAGGAAACAUUGGGACAGGUCUUCUGAGCCUCCCUCUUGCAAUAAAAAAUGCCGGCAUUCUGCUUGGACCAAUCAGUCUUCUUUUCAUUGGAAUUAUAUCAGUUCACUGCAUGCACAUUUUGGUUCGGUGCAGCCAGUAUCUAUCUGUCAGAUUGAAAAUACCUUUCUUAGGGUAUAGCGACACCCUUAGCCACGCCAUGGAAACGUGUCCCUUUCACUUAUUACAGAAACGAUCAUCUUGGGGAAGAUAUGUCGUUGACUUCUUCCUUGUGGUUACCCAGUUGGGCUUUUGUAGUGUUUAUUUUGUAUUCUUAGCUGAAAAUAUGAAACAAGUUUGUGAAGGAUACGCUCAAAUGAAAUCGUAUGCUACGAAUACCACAGGAAUCGCCGGCCCCUCAGACAGAAGGACCAUCGAUUUGAGAUUAUACAUGUUGUGUUUCCUUCCAUUUGUAAUCCUCUUGGUUUUCAUUCGAGAUCUUAAGCAUCUGUCUGUGUUCUCAUUCCUGGCAAAUUUAGCCAUGGCUGUCAGCUUGAUCAUUAUUUAUCAUUAUGUUAUAGAGGGUUUAUCUGAACCUCGAAAACUGAUCAUGGUGACUGGUUGGAACAAGUACCCCCUUUUCUUUGGCACAGCUAUUUUUGCAUUUGAAGGAAUAGGAGUGGUGCUCCCCAUCCAGAAUAGGAUGAAAGAAGUUGACCGCUUCCCAGUGGCACUCAACGUUGGCAUGGGAAUUGUGAUGGCCUUGUAUAUUUCAUUAGCCACCCUGGGAUACGUACGCUUUGGGGACGAAAUCAAAGCCAGCAUUACUCUCAACCUGCCACAAGAUCAAUGGCUGUACCAAAUGGUCAAGAUCCUUUAUUCCUUUGGGAUUUUUGUGACCUAUUCGAUUCAGUUCUACGUUCCAGCGGAGAUCAUUGUUCCUAUUGUAGCAACCAGAGUGCAGCAGAAGCUGAAGUUGAUCUCUGAAAUGUUUGUGCGAAUGCUUCUGGUCUGCUCAACCUGUGCUAUAGCGAUAUCCAUCCCCCGUCUGGACAUCGUGAUCUCCUUGGUUGGUGCCGUAAGCAGCAGCACUUUGGCUUUGAUCCUGCCUCCGUUGAUUGAAAUCCUCACCUUUUACAAGGAGAAGCUAAACAGAUGGGUGAUCUUCAAAGACGUUUUCAUAGCCUCCCUUGGUGUGGUCGGUUUCAUAGCUGGCACGUACGUGAGUGUGAAAGAGAUUAUCUGCCCCACAACUUUGCUUUCUGAGAAUGCCACAAGUGGUUCAGCAACUUGCUUCAACACUUCCCACUUGGCCAAAGGUGCCAAUUAAUGCCAGAAGAUUGUGGGCCUCUUGAAUUUCAUAAUAGAUGCGUGUUUGCAAACCAAAGAGACUCCAGAUGGAUAGGUUUUGAAAGAGAAAAUGAUUGGAGGACAGAUUUCCCCCCCUCCCCCCCAAUCGAAAUCUGCUCCAGUGGAGGAUACAACUUAUUCAAGUUUUUUAUUCCCUUCCGUUCAAGCAUCAUGGACUACUACGUAUUUCUUUGCAAACGGGACCAGAAAUCAAAGAACACUUCUUGGUUGUUUGGACAUCUCACAUUGAGAGAAUAAUCCCUGCCAACUUCUUUAUUUAAAGUUAAGUCAGUCUUUUGAGAGCCUCUUCGCAUAACUUCAGAGAUUAACAAGAUUUAUGCAAAAAUGUG